AUGGGCUCACGUGUGCCGAUCACCCUGGACCACGUGCUGUCACCUCCUGGACUCGAGGACUCCCCGGCCCCAGGGGCCCCAGGCGCUAGGAGGGGAGGGGACCCGGGGCGCAGAGCGCGGCGGCUGGAGAACGAAGGGCUACCAGGCCGGGCCACUUGUCUGCGCGAGGCUCCGGUUCCUGUCCCGCACCUGGGGACGCCCGGGCCCAUCUGGUUGGACAAUGUCUACUGCACCGGCGGGGAGGCCACCCUUGCAGCCUGCUCCUCCAACGGCUGGGGGGUCACCGACUGCAAACACUCGGAAGAUGUGGGCGUGGUGUGCAGCGAGAAGAGGAUUCCUGGGUUCAAGUUUGACAAUUCACUGGUCAACAACAUAGAGAACAUGAACAUCCAAGUGGAGGACAUCCGGAUCCGAGCCAUCCUCUCCGCCUUCCGCAAGCGCACCCCGGUGACAGAGGGCUACGUGGAGGUAAAAGAGGGCAAGACGUGGAAGCAGAUCUGUGACAAGCACUGGACGGCUAAGAACUCCCGCGUGGUCUGCGGCAUGUUCGGCUUCCCUGGGGAGAAGACCUACAACACCAAAGUGUACAAAAUGUUUGCUGCCCGCAAGAAGCAGCGCUACUGGCCAUACUCCAUGGACUGCACAGGCACAGAGGCCCACAUCUCCAGCUGCAAGUUGGGCCCUCAGGUGUCGCUGGACCCCGUCAAGAAUGUCACCUGUGAGAAUGGGCUUCCGGCUGUGGUGAGCUGUGUGCCCGGCCAGGUCUUCAGUCCUGAUGGACCGUCAAGAUUCCGGAAAGCCUACAAGCCAGAGCAACCCCUGGUGCGGUUGAGAGGUGGCGCCAACGUCGGGGAGGGCCGCGUGGAGGUGCUCAAGAAUGGAGAAUGGGGUACCGUCUGCGACGACAAGUGGGACCUGGUGUCUGCCAGCGUGGUCUGCAGAGAGCUGGGCUUCGGGAGUGCCAAAGAGGCCAUCACGGGCUCCCGGUUGGGGCAAGGGAUAGGACCCAUCCACCUCAAUGAAAUCGAGUGCACGGGGAAUGAGAAGUCCAUUAUAGACUGCAAGUUCAAUGCUGAGUCUCAGGGCUGCAAUCAUGAGGAAGAUGCUGCUGUGAGAUGUAACAUCCCCGCCAUGGGCUUCCAGAAAAAGCUGCGCUUGAACGGGGGCCGAAACCCCUACGAGGGCCGAGUGGAGGUGCUGGUGGAGAGGAACGGGUCCCUCGUGUGGGGCAUGGUGUGCGGCGAGAACUGGGGCAUUGUGGAGGCCAUGGUCGUCUGCCGGCAGCUAGGCCUGGGGUUUGCCAGCAAUGCCUUCCAGGAGACCUGGUACUGGCAUGGAAAUAUCAACGCCAACAAGGUGGUCAUGAGUGGUGUGAAGUGCUCGGGAACGGAGCUGUCCCUGGCGCACUGCCGGCACGACGGAGAGGACGUGGCCUGCCCCGAGGGAGGGGUGCGGUACGGGGCUGGAGUCGCCUGCUCAGAAACCGCCCCUGACCUGGUGCUCAACGCGGAGAUUGUGCAGCAGAGCACCUACCUGGAGGACCGGCCCAUGUUCAUGCUGCAGUGCGCCAUGGAGGAGAACUGCCUCUCGGCCUCGGCCGCCCAGACCAACCCCACCACGGGCUACCGGCGGCUCCUGCGCUUCUCCUCCCAGAUCCACAACAACGGCCAGUCCGACUUCCGACCCAAGAACGGGCGCCACGCCUGGAUCUGGCAUGACUGCCACAGGCAUUACCACAGCAUGGAGGUGUUCACCCACUACGACCUGCUGAACCUCAAUGGCACCAAGGUGGCAGAGGGCCACAAAGCUAGCUUCUGCUUGGAGGACACAGAGUGUGAAGGAGACAUCCAGAAGAGUUACGAGUGCGCCAACUUUGGUGAGCAGGGCAUCACCAUGGGCUGCUGGGACAUGUACCGUCAUGACAUCGAUUGCCAGUGGGUUGACAUUACCGACGUGCCUCCUGGAGACUACCUGUUCCAGGUGGUCAUCAAUCCCAACUAUGAGGUGGCGGAGUCUGACUACACCAACAACGUCAUGAAGUGCAGGACCCGGUAUGAUGGCCACCGCAUCUGGAUGUACAACUGCCAUAUAGGUGGUUCCUUCAGUGAAGAGACAGAAAAAAAGUUUGAGCACUUCAGUGGACUCAUAAAUAACCAGGUCUCCAGGCGGUAAAGUGGCGACGUGGUCACCUCCUGCCUUCGGGCCACGGGCAUCUCCCCCAACAACUGCAGUCUGACUGGAUAUUGCCCUGCUCCCCCUCAUCCAGCCCGGCCCCGCCCGUCUCGUCCCCCUGCAGCCCUCGGCCAAGCUCAGGAGGAAGGCGAGGAAGGCGUGUUCCUGACACCCGCAGCCUGGGACAGCCUCUGGGGCUGGGGCUCAUCCACGGGGCGGCGGGGAGCAGCGCCAACCAAGAGCCAUCCUGGCCGGGACCACGGGCGCACAGUGGUCGGCUGCUCGUCCCAUCCGAGGCGUGGUCCACGCUGAGCCUCGCUGCCUGCCCAGCUCACCACAGAUAACACGGGGCCGUUUUCUUCUCAAGUUACGUGUUGGCAGCGUGGGUUAGCAACCCAAGGAGGUCAGGCUGAAUCCCACUUCUCCUCCUCUUAGCCUGUUUCCAGUCAACUUGAGUAUCUAAGCUUCCCUUCCAGUUAAAUGAACCGCCUCUACUCCCUUCAUUCUGUUCUCACGUAUAAGUGAUGCUGCCACCCACCUUCUGAGCCAAUGAGCUCAGAGACGGUGCUUCUCUUGCCCCCAGACACCUACACCCCUGUGUCCUCCUAUUUUUCAAGAUACUAUAAUUGUAUUCUAUUUUCACAGACUUUAAAACACAAAGUAAUUUAGUGGCAUUCCAUAUCGGGCAUCUGGGCCUUUGAACGUAGAGGUCAAAAGAAAAACCAGCCCACCUGUGUAAGUGACUCCUCUGUCUGUCCUUCCGAUUCUGUGGGUAAUUGAUUCAACGGUGCUAGAACCAGGGUUCUGGGUGAGGACGACGCUCACCGAUCGCCAUGUGUCAUCACGGACACUUACACAUACUUGAAACUCCAAAUAAAAGAUUUAUGACCUGCAA